AGUAUAAGAAUAUUUGUGGAGUUUUGGGGAUAAGUUUGUCCCAAUGGCGUUUCUGUACAAUACCCGUUCACUUCCGGGUGCGUCCUGUUGGCUAGAACUCACGCGGCUAACGAGUCUUCUCUUCCACUAUUAUAACCAAACGUACUAAAAUUUUAAAGAAGAACGCCAUAUGGAUACCAUCUUUAAAUCAAAUAAAUUGAAUCCUGGUGUUCGGACUAACGCGUCUUUUGAAGCGUCUUAACCUAUCCCGUUAAACUUUACUUUGCUAUCCGCAAACAAAGAGAAGCCGUUAUCGGCAACAAAUCAAGAAGAGGAAAUCAAGUGGUUGUGGAAAUUCGUGAUUAAUUUGGCAAAAUGUGUGCAAAACGUGUUAAGGAAGAGUACGAAAAUGAGCUUUGCCGGACCAAAGAGGAAAACGAGCCAGGACGUCAACGACUGGAAGCUAUUUUCAAAAAGCCUCGAGCUAAACUACAUGGAGCAGAUGUUGAUGAAGACGGUCUUCUUCCUCUGGAUCCAGCGCUCUCUAACAUUAAAGAAGAGGAACAGGAGGUAGAUGUUACCAAGUUGCCAUUGAAUGGUGUCCCUGUGAAGAGUGAAGACGAUGAAGACAGCCGUCAGACUGAGGAGAAGAGAUGUUACGGGCCUUCAAGCAGCAGUGGCUCAAGUCAUCUAAAGACAGAAGGGGAAGGAAGACCACAAGCUGAAAGCUUCUUAGCGUCACUCUCAGAUUGUGAUGACACAUCGUCACACUCACCUGUCACAGAUGAAGAGGAUGAUGAUUGUGAUGAACGUUCUGAAGGUGAUAAAACAUCCCGCGAUGACAGCAAAAAUCGGGAAUGUUCUCAGUGUGACAAAACGUUUUUCAACAAGUCCUCGUUGAAAAGACACAUGAGAACACACACUGGGGAGAAACCUUAUUCAUGCUCAGUUUGUGGUCUUAUAGUCAACCAAAAGUGUAGUUUAACAACUCACAUGAGAACUCAUACUGGUGAAAAACCUUUUGCCUGCUCGUUUUGCGGUCAGAAAUUCUCCGAAAAGGGAAAUCUCAUGAAACAUACAAGAAUACACACUGGGGAGAAACCUUACAAAUGUUUGGUUUGUGGUAAAAGCUUCUCGGAAAAGGCAAGUUUAACAAGCCACUCAAGAACACACACCGGGGAGAAACCUUUUUCCUGCUCUUUUUGUGGUCAAAAAUUCUCCGAAAAGGGAAACCUAAGAACGCACACAAGAACGCACACUGGAGAGACGCCAUUUGUUUGCUCAGUUUGUGGUCAACGUUUCGCGUGGAAGGGACUUUUGAACGCACACGUCAGAACACACACUGGGGAAAAACCUUACUCCUGCUCAGAUUGCGGCCAAAAAUUCUCUGCAAAGGGAAACUUAAGAAUACACGCAAGAACACACACAGGCGAAAAGCCUUUUCCCUGCUCAGUUUGUGGCCAAAAAUUCUCAGUCAAGGCAACGUUAAGAACACACUUGCGGACGCACACAGGGGAGAAACCUUUCACCUGUACAGUUUGUGGUAAGAGCUUCUCUGUAAAGGGAAGUUUGAUAAGUCACACUCGUACACACACUGGAGAGAAACCUUUUGCCUGUUCAGUUUGCUGCAAAAUAUUCACUCAGAAAGUACAUUUGACAAGACAUAUGAAGACGCACUCAGGAGAGAAACCUGGGAAAGAUGUUUGUCCUAAGCAGAAGGAGCCCAAGCCCCCUCAUAUUAAAGAGGAAGAGGAGCCCACCUAUGUUAAGGAUGAAGAAGAGGAGGAGGAUAUUGCCAAGUUGCCGUUGACGGUUGUAACUGUAAAGAAUGAUGAUGAUGAAGAAAAAAUGGAGAAAUACAGAGAGGAGCCAGCUCAGAAGGUGAUGAGGUCUAAAUAUGGAGCAUUACGUGAAGAAAUGUUUUUUAAAAAUUAGAUUUUGCUUUGUUUUUAGUGUUAUGAUUUAAAUUCAAUGUUCUUUGUUUUAAUUUAUAUUUCAUUUAAAAUGAUUUUGUUUCUAUAAUAUGGAAGACAGUUUUUUAAAAUAAUAAAAAAGCAAUGUUUUUCAUUAAAAAAAAUAAUUAAAAUAAAGUUAUAUAGAAUAUAACUUCACUAGGAAAUAGUGUUAAGUAAUUCUUGUCCAACACUCAUGUAGUUUUACUUGACUCACAGGAUAAGUUCCAGAAAGAAUUGUCAAAUCAAGCAAAGCUUUUGAUUAGUAGACUUUUGUACUUUAUUCCUUCAAUUUAUACCCACCGACCCAUGCUCAUGUAAUAUGUGUUCCCAAUGUGCUGUGCGAAUAAAAUCCU